CGUCGUGUGAGGUACGCUUCGCUACACCACCCACAACAUGGGAUUGAAGACCGCUCGCGCCGAACGCGUUAUAUUUACGUUCGUGCUAUCUCGCUCGCGCGCGCAUCUGUCUCGUUUCUUUUAGGUACCCACAGAGUCUUAUCAGAGCGUUCUUAUUGGACAAUCGCGCGACGCUCUCGCUUGAGCGUUAACACUACUUCGGCCCCUGUUAUUUUAGACUUAAGCUCGUUCUGUAUUUACAAAAUAUACGAUAUACUAUACUCUUCUACUUUACACCAUCAUUGCUGUUUUAUUUAUCAACUUUACCUGCAUUGCUGCUACAUUUUGGUGACCCCGAGAGAAAAAUGAUGGAACACAAGCAAGAAGUUAGCGAGCCUACAGAACUCGCUGUCGUCUCCGUGCAGUCGCGUCUCCUUCCCUUCUGGCGUGAAUAUCCUCGCAUGUGGUUCAUUCAAUUCGAAGCCGUCGUCGAGCCGCAGAAGACCAGUGACGAAAACAAAUAUCGUUACGUCCUGGGCCAACUACAACCGACCGACCUUCAACAUGUCACAGACAUCGUGAUCAAGCCGCCAGAAACUAAGAAGUACGAGGCCAUCAAACAACGCCUUCUCUCCGUGUACGAGCAGUCCGAGGUGAAAAACUUUAAGAACCUCAUCAGCGGAUUGGAACUUGGCAACCAAAAACCGUCUCAGUUGCUACGACGUAUGCGCGAACUCGGCGGCAACAUGAUCACCGAAGAUGGCAUCAAGAUUGAGUGGAUGAACCACCUUCCGCCGCAAAUGCGAGUUGUGCUGUCUGUGAACACAGAUUCAUCACUCGAUAUGCUCGCGGCAAUGGCAGACAAGAUGAUGGAAUAUUCCGAGUCGGCAAAUAUCGCAGCUGUCUCUUCAUCUCAACCAGAUUCUGCGGCAGUAAACCAGAAAAUCAUGUCCGCGCAGAUACAAGUUCUCUCAAAACAACUCGAGAAUCUGACACUCGAGAUCUCCGAACUUCGUAGCCGUGGAAGACCAAACCAUCGCCGUUAUCAGCGUUCCCGCUCAAGAUCAAAGUCCACUGCAAGGCAUCAACACGAUCCCAAUCGAGUAUGUUACUACCACUACCGAUUUGGAGAUCAGGCAAGACGCUGCGUGUCACCGUGCGCUAGGCGAAAUCAAAAGAAGUCGGAAAACUAGAAGAGG